CUGAGAGGCAUUCUUCAAGCGGCUGGAAAAUAUUACAGAAGGAACACCUACCAAAUUUUGCUUCAAGCUCUGAGAAAAGGCGCACACAGGGAAAGCUUAGUGUUGUUUGCGGAUUGAAUGGUUUCGAGCGACUAGCUUCCCGUCCCAGCCCUGCAGGAGCAAGGACUGUUGGAGACAUGAAUUGGGACUUUGUGAGCGGACUCCUGGCUUGAUCUCUGUAGGACUGGGUGUAUGUUGUUGCAACUGGCAGGCCAGGGGGCCCUGAGACCAGCAGGUGCCAGCUCUAUGGAGAAAAGCGGCUGUGGUCCAUUUCCAAUGUGUUGGGCUAAAGAAUAUGACAGAUACCUAGCAUCUAGCAAAAUAAUGGCAGCUGCUUACCUUGACCCAAACUUGAAUCACACACCAAAUUCAAGUACUAAGACUCACCUGGGUACUGGUAUGGAACGUUCCCCUGGGACGAUGGAGCGAGUACUAAAGGUCUUUCAUUACUUUGAAAACAGUAGUGAGCCAGCCACAUGGGCCAGUAUUAUCAGACACGGAGAUGCCACUGACGUCAGGGGCAUCAUUCAGAAGAUAGUGGACAGUCACAAAGUAAAGCACGUGGCCUGCUAUGGAUUUCGACUCAGUCACCUGCGGUCAGAGGAGGUUCACUGGCUACAUUUGGAUAUGGGUGUUUCCAAUGUGAGGGAGAAGUAUGAACUUGCACACCCACCAGAGGAGUGGAAAUAUGAAUUGAGAAUUCGUUAUUUGCCAAAAGGAUUUCUAAACCAGUUUACUGAAGACAAGCCAACUCUGAAUUUCUUCUAUCAGCAGGUGAAGAGUGAUUAUAUGUUAGAAAUAGCUGAUCAGGUGGACCAGGAAAUUGCUUUGAAGUUGGGUUGCCUAGAAAUACGGCGAUCGUAUUGGGAGAUGCGGGGCAAUGCACUAGAGAAGAAGUCUAAUUAUGAAGUAUUAGAAAAAGAUGUUGGUUUAAAGCGAUUUUUUCCUAAGAGUUUACUGGAUUCUGUCAAGGCCAAAACACUAAGAAAACUGAUCCAACAAACAUUUAGACAAUUUGCCAACCUUAAUAGAGAAGAAAGUAUUCUGAAGUUCUUUGAGAUUCUAUCCCCAGUGUACAGAUUUGAUAAAGAAUGCUUCAAAUGUGCUCUUGGUUCAAGCUGGAUUAUUUCUGUGGAGCUGGCAAUUGGCCCAGAAGAGGGGAUCAGUUACCUGACCGACAAAGGCUGCAGUCCUACUCAUCUGGCAGACUUUAAUCAAGUGCAGACCAUUCAGUACUCAAACAGCGAGGACAAGGAAAGGAAAGGAAUGCUGCAGUUGAAAAUAGCAGGAGCGCCUGAGCCUCUGACGGUGACGGCACCGUCCUUAACCAUCGCAGAGAACAUGGCUGACUUAAUAGACGGAUAUUGCCGGCUGGUGAAUGGAGCUGCUCAGUCUUUUAUCAUCAGACCCCAAAAAGAAGGUGAACGGGCUUUACCAUCAAUACCAAAGCCGGCCAACAGUGAAAAGCAAGGCGUGCGGACACACGCGGUCUCCGUGUCAGGAGUCAGGCACUGCCAGCAUAAAGUUAAGAAAGCCAGGCGCUUUCUGCCUUUGGUCUUCUGUUCCCAUGAACCUCCUCCUCCGGAUGAAAUUAGUGGGGACGAAACAGACGACUAUGCUGAGAUCAUAGAUGAAGAGGAUACUUAUACCAUGCCCUCAACCAGGGAUUAUGAAAUUCAAAGAGAAAGAAUAGAACUUGGAAGGUGUAUUGGAGAAGGCCAGUUUGGAGAUGUACAUCAAGGAGUUUACAUGAGUCCAGAGAAUCCAGCUUUGGCCGUUGCAAUUAAAACAUGUAAAAACUGUACUUCGGACAGCGUGAGAGAGAAAUUCCUUCAAGAAGCCUUGACAAUGCGUCAGUUUGACCAUCCUCAUAUCGUGAAGCUCAUUGGUGUCAUCACGGAGAACCCCGUCUGGAUAAUCAUGGAGCUGUGCACGCUGGGGGAGCUGAGGUCAUUUUUGCAAGUAAGGAAAUACAGUCUGGAUCUGGCCUCUUUGAUCCUGUAUGCCUAUCAGCUUAGUACAGCUCUUGCCUAUCUAGAGAGUAAAAGAUUUGUACACAGGGACAUUGCUGCUCGGAAUGUUCUGGUUUCCUCAACUGAUUGUGUAAAAUUAGGAGACUUCGGAUUAUCCCGAUAUAUGGAAGACAGUACUUACUACAAAGCUUCCAAAGGAAAAUUGCCUAUUAAAUGGAUGGCUCCAGAGUCCAUCAAUUUUCGACGUUUUACCUCAGCUAGUGACGUGUGGAUGUUUGGUGUGUGUAUGUGGGAGAUACUGAUGCACGGUGUGAAGCCUUUUCAAGGAGUGAAGAACAACGACGUGAUUGGACGCAUUGAAAAUGGAGAAAGAUUGCCAAUGCCUCCAAACUGCCCUCCUACCCUCUACAGCCUUAUGACAAAGUGCUGGGCCUACGACCCCAGCCGGCGGCCCAGGUUCACUGAACUUAAAGCCCAGCUCAGCACAAUCCUGGAGGAGGAGAAGGUUCAGCAAGAAGAACGGAUGAGAAUGGAAUCGAGAAGACAGGUCACAGUGUCCUGGGACUCAGGAGGGUCCGAUGAAGCACCUCCCAAGCCCAGCAGGCCAGGUUAUCCCAGCCCGAGGUCCAGUGAAGGAUUUUACCCCAGCCCCCAGCACCUGGUACAGACCAAUCACUACCAAGUCUCUGGCUACCCCGGUUCUCAUGGAAUCACCGCCAUGGCUGGCAGCAUCUACCCGGGUCAGGCGUCUCUUUUGGACCAAACGGAUUCGUGGAAUCAGAGGCCUCAGGAGAUACCAAUGUGGCAGCCCAGCCUGGAGGACUCUGCAGUGCUGGGCAUGCGAGGACUCGGGCAGGUAUUGCCAGCCCACCUGAUGGAAGAGAGGCUGACACGGCAGCAGCAGGAGAUGGAAGAAGAUCAGCGCUGGCUAGAAAAAGAGGAGAGAUUCCUGAAGCCUGACGUGAGGCUCUCGCGAGGCAGCAUCGACCGAGAGGACGGAGGCGGCCCGGGUCUGACUGGAAACCAGCACAUCUAUCAGCCUGUGGGGAAACCAGACCCUGCAGCUCCACCAAAGAAACCGCCACGCCCUGGAGCCCCUGGUCACCUGGGCAGCCUCACCGGCCUUGGCAGCCCCGGGGACGGUUACAACGAGGGUGUCAAGCUUCAACCCCAGGAAAUCAGCCCUCCCCCUACUGCCAACCUUGACCGGUCCAAUGACAAGGUGUAUGAGAACGUCACAGGCCUCGUGAAAGCGGUCAUCGAAAUGUCCAGUAAAAUCCAGCCAGCCCCACCCGAGGAGUAUGUUCCAAUGGUGAAGGAGGUCGGCUUGGCCCUGCGGACGCUGCUGGCCACUGUGGAUGAGACCAUUCCCGUCCUGCCGGCCAGUACGCACCGAGAGAUCGAGAUGGCCCAGAAGCUGCUGAACUCCGACCUGGGUGAGCUCAUCAACAAGAUGAAGCUGGCCCAGCAGUACGUCAUGACCAGCCUCCAGCAGGAGUACAAAAAGCAGAUGCUGACGGCCGCCCACGCCCUGGCUGUGGACGCCAAAAACUUGCUGGACGUCAUUGACCAGGCGAGACUGAAGAUGGUCGGGCAGGCGCGGCCGCACUAGGCCUGGCGUGCGGAGCGGGCUUCCCGGCACGAGAAGCGCCCGUGGGAAGAGGCCUCCAGCCUUCCUGCAGCCCGAGGAGCUCGCCCUGUGUCCUCGGUUGGCAGCAUUUACAGCUCCAGCUUCUGUGACUGACAGCAGACGGAACAUCUUCUCUCUCGUAUGAGUUGAACCACAUUUUGAUUUGGGUUGGUUUUUUGUUUUGUUUUUUAAUCAUGAUGUUCAGACUGUCUGGGAUCUAAAAUGUGGCAUUUUCUGAGAAUGAAAAUUGUACCUGAGAAGCUUUUAAGAAUCACGAAGAACAGUUUAUUUUCCAUUAGAUAUGUUUUAGUGGAAAUGGCCAAGGAGUUACAUGGCAAUUCCGAACUGCCUAAGCUGCAUAUUGGAAGAAAAUAGUGUGAAGUGAAGAAUUCCAGGAAACCCAAGGAGCUGAUAUUCUUUUGCCUACCAUAGAAUUAUUAUCCAGACUGGAAUUUUUGUUGUUGUUGUUAGAACAUCCUUCAGUUGCAAUAUGCUAAUACCACUUUACACAGAAAGAAUAUAAAAGCUAUAUUUUGAAGACUCAAGUCAUUUCAGAAAAAACCUACAACCCUUUCCUUCUUUCCUGCCUUUUAUUUCAUGUGGAUACCUGAAGCAUUUGGUUGGAAACUAGCUAUAUGUAGAACACAACUAAAAACUCUCGUCUUUUUUCACCAGAAUAAUGUGCCAGUUUUUUGUAACAAUGUUCUAUUUCUCUGGAGCAGACAUGCUUUGUCCCAGAGCACCUCCAGACUGCGCUGAGAAGCCGUUCCGUAACCAUCCCCGUUUUCCAUUUUUAUAUAAUUUAUAAAGAAAGAUUAAAGCCAUGUUGACUAUUUUACAGCCACUGGAGCUAACUAACCCUUCAUUGUGUCUGUCUUCCCAGGAGAGAAUUCAGCAAAACAGAGGAAUUUGGUUUCCUUUUGAUGUCUGGUUAUACCAUCCAUUCUGUUAAAUAGUAAUUUUGAAAAAUAAGCCCUCGCUUUAGUUUGUUGGGGGACAUAAAUUAUUCUCAGGAAGAAUAUAAUGAACUGUACAGUUACUUUGACCUAUUAAAAAGGUGUUACCAGUAA